UUUCUGGACAUACGGACAUACCUGCGCGGCUGGCGACUGGGUGCGGUUGCACUCCCGCGUAAAACACGUCACAUUCUAACUUGCUUCAAACAAACGCCAUCAUCCAUCGGAUCAUCCCAUCUUCCCUAAGCCUCGGGGCACCAAGUAGCGUUCGGCUUGCAGCUCUCAACCUCCUCGUCGACGCCGGGGAAGGGAAGCCUGCGUUCGGGCGAGCGAUGGAGCAGGGAAGCGAGAGGCAGGACGAGCGGCCGCCGCUCCCGUGCGCGAACGGCUGCGGCUUCUUCGGCUCUGCCGACACCCGUGGCCUCUGCUCCAAGUGCUACCGCCAGACCGUGAUGUCCCAGGCCUCCGCGCCGUCGGCCGCAGCACAGUCCGCGGAGCACGACCAGGUGGUGUUGCCGGCGCCGGAGGGCGUACCCGUGGACGAGGGGGCGAUGCCGCCGCCGCCGCCGCGGCACGGGGCGAAGACGAAGAGCAGGUGCGCUGCGUGCGGGAGGAGCGUGGGGCUGAUGGGGUUCGAGUGCCGCUGCGGUGCCGUGUUCUGCGGCGCGCAUCGCUACUCGGACAGGCACGACUGCGGCUACGAUUACAGGGGCGCCGGGCGCGACGCCAUCGCCCGCGCCAACCCCGUCGUGAGACCCGACAAGGUGGAGAAGCUCUGAAAAAAAAGGAAAAGCUACAACUGCUCGAUCUUGCCAACAUUGCCAUGCCCGAACCAAACGAUUGGUCGAUUGCUGAUUUGCUUCUCGUGCGAGAUGGAGUCGGUACUCGGUACUGAUCUAUGUAUGGAGAUAUGAUAUAUGUAGAGAUUGGAAAUUGAUGAUUCUGUGUGGCUUAUUGUGUUGCGCACAUAUCACUUCGAUCUUCUAAAACUUUCAGUUAGCACAAUACCGUGGCAGGAUACAAUUUUAUUGUUCAUGGAAGUAGCUGCCAAUUCUGAAUCUAUAGCACAACCAUUUGCAGAUUU